UUUACGACUCUCUGGAGUCUACAGAGCGCCUUCUGCGCUCUCAAAAUACCUGGUUUUUGGAGGCAUGCAUUUGAACGCGAGGGAAAGAACAGGUGGUAAUUUACAGACAAUAUGCAGCGUCUCAGAAGAUCAGGGACGGCAAUUCUGGGAUCCUUGGCUCUGCCCACCUUGAGGAAAAAAGCUUCUAAUUCUUGGUAUUCAGUGCAGGACACUUAUCUCUCUACCAAGGAUGUUUUUGAGAGGCAUAGGGUGGUUUUCACUGUUGGUAGUUCCAUUGCUUCGCUUGCUGUUGCAUGGGCAGGAUACUCGUUACGUUACCUACAUCAGGAAAGGGUUGAAAAAAGGCUGGAGUCAAUAGAGGAAGCAAUGAAAAACAAUCACCAUGUUGAGAAUGACGAGAUCAAGAAAAUCGUCAAUUCAGGAAAUGUCAGCCUCCCUUCUUGUGUGGCCACUGCAGGGACCGCUUUAAUUAUUGGAAGGAGAAAGCUUGGGGAAGGGGGGUUUGCGUUGAAGGUCAUCAACUAAGUUUGGUGUAGCUUGGGAAAUACUUUUCAUGCUUCCUGCUGAACAUGUAUAGAAGACAUCAAUUAGUCAAGUUUUUGUGGGUGCCUGGGUGGUGACAAUGCACUGGAUACUAGAAAGUCGCAAAAACUAGUGUUUAUCAGGGUGAGAAUGCUCAGGAUACAAAAAGUCACCUAAACUGGUACUUAUCAGCUGUGAGAAUGCCAAGGACACAUAAGACUCACAAAAAUUUGGCUGUGUUCAUCGACGGUGAAACAAUGGAAAUCUUUUGAAAUUUGGCGUAAGUAGACAUUAGCAGUGACAAUCGUUUGGCCAGAUAUUCUUGGUGGUGAAAAUAACCUGCCCCGAUAGUCUACCCAUCCUUGUAAGGGGGCUUGCGAAAAUUGAUAUGAAUGAUAAUUGAUGUAAAGGGAAGCAGGUCUGAACCUCCUAACUCAAAGAGGAAGAGAGAUAUGGAGGUUAUAACCAUACUUAGCAAAUCGGGGAAUAAUAUAUCGGCAAACUAGGAAUCGGGGUUGGGUCAAGACAAUUGAAGCUGGGUUUCCAUAGCAUGAGGUCUCAAGUUUCAUUCCUAUGUAGCCUUGACAAAAUAAAUAAAUAAAUAAAAAUAUCGGCAAACUAAAACAUUGGUAAUAAAUCAGUUGUAUUUUAAAAAGUCGGAGGAAAAAGUCGGGUCAAAUAUAGGGAUAACCCAAAAAUAAGGUAAGUUAUAGAAUCGUGAAUAUUUCGGACUCGGCUCAAAAAAACGGAGUGAAAGAUGGGAUAUGUAAAAAUGGCACAAUAUAUGAUUAUGAUUUGCAGUUAUUGUAUAGAUACAUUGAAGCUAUUGAACAAGAAUUUUAUGGCCUUACCUGGUGUCACUACAGUAGUACUAGAUAUUUUUUUGUUGAAACUCUCAAUAAAGCCAACAACAAUGCUUACUCUGUAAAAUAAAACACAAACAUCUAAGUAUGUAAAAUAGUGAUCCAUUCAAAAUGCUAUGUUAUAUACACCAAUGAAAUAAAAAAUAAAAAUAAAAACAUGAAAUUAAUCAAACUUCUCUACGCAUAAAGAAAGCAACAACAUGCUUAAGCAAAUUCAAAUGCCACAUUGAAUUCCUAGCUGCCUAAAUCCUUAGUAUCAUUGAAUCUCUCUCUCUCUCGCUCUUUUACAAAAAUAAAAAGAUUUCUCAUUGAGUUACUCUUCUUCGAACUCUACCUAUUAUUGUGAGAUAUAGGAUUAUUUUGAUAUCUUAGUUUUUGAGGAAUAUAUUGCUUGUAUUUUUCAUACAUUUUUUAA